GGAUGACCGACUCGGUGACGGUAACCGCAAUUUAGGCAACAUGGGAGAUGUUGUGGGAUUUAUCUUGAACGGAUUUUAAAAACCGUCGGGAAAAUGGCCGAGAGGUUGGAGUGGGUGGAAAUCAUUGAGCCACGGACACGGGAGCAUAUGUAUGCCAAUCUGCUAACGGGUGAGUGCGUGUGGGACCCACCACAGGGUGUUUGCAUCAAGCGUACCGGUGAGAACCAGUGGUGGGAGCUGUUUGACCCCAAUACUUCACGCUUCUACUACUAUAACGCCUCCACCCAACGCACAGUGUGGCAUCGGCCUCAGGGAUGUGACAUCAUACCCUUGGCCAAGCUGCAGACUCUGAAGCAGCACACAGAUGCCACCAUCACUCGUCCUCCAGGUGGCGGGCGGCGAGCAUCUGCUGACAACAGCCCAGGACGGAACAGCGAAGUCAGCCGAGAAGGAAGCACCUCGUCCUCCCUUGACCAGGAGCUGUCCGAAAAACAAGGCAACAGAGAGGAGGCAGAUAGGACCUCUCCCUUCAGGUGGAAUACUGGUACAAAAGAGCGAAUGCUGAUCAAGGUGACAGACAGAGAGCCCAGCUUCUUGGCCCAUCAGGGAAAUGGUUACUCUCCCUGUGACCCCUCCAGCCCUAGCACUCCUUCUGGAGGGGGCACCACCUCACGAGCUCGCUGUCCCUCUGGAGGAAACCCUUCUUCAGAACCUGACAGCUCCCCAGUUCUUUAUGCCGACCGCCGUCAGUCUCCUUUUCUUAAGCGGGCAGAGCUGGGUGGCUCAAACACCCAUCGACUCACUUCAGCUGACUCCCAGCCUCCUUCACCCCGCUACACCUAUGAGCCCCCACUAUAUGAGGAGCCGCCAACAGACUUUCAGCCCCCACCCAUCUAUGAAGAACCUCCCACUGACAUGCACCUCUCUGAUUCUUCUUCCUUCUACAGCACUGGCAAGUCACCUGCUCGAAAAUCUUCAGUCCCCCUUUACCACUCCCCCAAGCAGGGACAGUCACCCUAUGGCCAGCUGGUUCUGACCAGGCAGAAGUGUCCCGAAAAGACUCAGAGUUUGGAGUACAGUCCUGUGGGCAAGGAAUAUGUUAAGCAGCUGGUGUACGUGGAGCAGUCUUCUUCCAGUCCUCGAUUCAAGACAGCAGACCGUCUUCUGCGUUACGGCACAACCGGUGGCUAUGGAAGUUCAUAUGGGGGGUCCUACACUCUGCAACACAGCCAAUCUCUGAUCAGAGACCCCCGCUUCCUGCUGGACUACAGUGGAGAGGGUGGAGAGGGAAGCCAGAGGUUAGUUUAUGAGGACUCCAUAUCCUGGACGUCCAGCCAGACACAUUCCCUCUCUUCUUCUUCUACAGCCAGGCCUGGGGCUUUCUCUCCCUCUGGCAACCGCAAACGCAAAAGCCGCAAGCCAUCCCUCCCACAGGAACUGACUCGGUAUGGGGAGGUGGAGCUUACUGGGACAGCAUCUGAAGCCAUGCUGGCUCAGGCCAGACUUGCUUGGGAGGCUCAGCAGGUGAUGAAACAGAGGUGCAGUUGGGAUUCUGGGCAGGGAGGUGGUGCUUCCCAAGCUGGCAGCUCUAAAGAUGGCUAUGAGAGCGACGGAGCAGUGCCUCUGCCAUUACCGGGACCAGUGGUGAGGGCGUUCAGUGAGGACGAGGCACUAGCACAGAGCGAUGGCCACCACUGGAAACGAAGUACCUUUGAGCGGCUGGGGUUCCCUCAGGCCCUCCUGGAGAAAAGCCUCUCUGUUCAGACCAACCUGGCCUCCCCUGAACCUUACCUUCAUCCCUCACAGUCAGAGGACCUCGGAGCUUGUGCCCAAUUUGAAGCCAGUCGAAAUGCAAGGAAUAUGAUGCCUAGCGCCAGCUGUGGCAUUUUCCCAGAGUUCACCCUGAGGAAGCCGUCCUCGGAGACCGACAUUGAGAACUGGGCAUCCAAGCACUUCAAUAAACACACACAGGGUCUUUUUAGAAGAAAGGUCUCUAUUGCCAACAUGUUGGCCUGGAGCAGUGAGCCUAUCAAGAAGCCCAUGAUUGUGACUUCAGACCGCAGCGUGAAAAAGGAGGCAGUCGAGAUCUUUAAACUCAUCCAGACCUACAUGGGAGACCGUCGCUCCAAGGCCGACCCCCUUUCUGUGGCUCUGGAGGUUGUGGUGCGUGGGUGGAGUAAUCAGGGUUUGCGUGAUGAGCUCUACAUCCAGCUGUGUCGUCAAACUACAGAGAACUUCCGCUACGACAGCCUAGAGCGAGGCUGGGAAUUGAUGGCCAUCUGUCUAGCUUUCUUUCCCCCAACACCCCGUUUCCACACUUACCUGGAGGGCUAUAUUUAUCGACACAUGGACCCUCUGAAUGACACCAAAGGUGUGGCCAUUAGCAGUUAUGCUAAAUACUGCUACAGGAAACUGACAAAAGCUGCACUCACUGGAGCCAAGAAGGGUGUGCAGAAACCCUGCAUAGAGGAAAUCAAGCAUGCCAGGAACGCCAUCUUCAACCCUUCCAUGUUUGGGUCCUCCCUUGAGGAGGUCAUGGCACUCCAGAAGGAGCGAUAUCCAGACCGCCAAUUGCCAUGGGUACAGACUCGCCUCUCUGAAGAGGUUCUGUGUCUCAAUGGAGACCAAACAGAAGGCAUUUUCAGAGUACCAGGGGACAUAGAUGAAGUCAAUGCCCUCAAGCUGCAAGUGGAUCAAUGGAAAAUCCCUACAGGACUGGAAGACCCACACAUUCCUGCCUCUCUGCUGAAACUUUGGUACAGGGAGCUCGAAGAACCGCUUAUCCCUCACGAGUUUUAUGAGGAGUGUAUCACUCACUAUGACAACCCAGAAGCAGCUGUCGGUGUGGUGCUGGGCCUGCCACAUAUCAACAAACUGGUGCUCUGCUAUCUCAUUCGAUUCCUACAGGUAUUUGCCCAGCCUGCUAAUGUGGCCAUCACCAAAAUGGAUGUGAACAACCUGGCCAUGGUUAUGGCUCCCAACUGUCUGCGCUGCCAGUCUGAUGAUCCUAGGGUCAUCUUUGAAAAUACUCGCAAGGAGAUGUCCUUUAUCCGGGUGCUCAUCCAGCGGCUAGACACCAGUUUCAUGGAUGGAAUCCUAUAACCCCCAGCUGCACACAGUCAUCCUCCAUACUCACUCACUCCUGCUUCCUCCGCACUCCCUUUAACUUGCUCCAUCACAUUUCAGUACUGUCCAGCACAAGAACAUCGAAAUACACAUUUUAUUGCUGCUGGAUGCUUAAUCUCCAAUGUGUUUACUUUCCUAAAAGCAUCAGAAAACUGCCUUGAUUUGAAUAUGUCCAUUCAGCAUUUUCAGAUGAAACUGCUAUUUUUCUGUUUCUCCAGGCGUAGUUAACACUUGUGUUUUAUAUUAGCGUUACAAGGUUUUCACAUGACAAUACAGUGUGUGCCUUCACAUACAUUUCUACAGUAUACACUUAGGGUAGAGGAAUAGGAGGGAUUUAGGAAAGAUCUCAAUUCAUUAGAUUCAAAGGUUCAUUUUAGUUCUUGGAGUUCUGACCUCAAAGGUUGACUCCUUGUUGCUUAUUACAUAAUGUUCCUUUGUGUUUUCCUACUUCAGCGUACACCAGUGUCCCAGAGGAUUCCACUUUCUGCAAUCUUCAGUACUGUCCAAACAGUUAUAGAGCAGUAAAAAUCAUCGGCACAGGGAUCGGGUCAAGUUAUGGCAGCUGAAAACAUUUUGAAUUUUUGUUUGCUGCCAGUGAGAACAAAGCUGCUGUUCAAACACACUGCGUGCUGCAUUGUGUGUGACUGCAACAAUCAAACACAGAUCAAUUUCAUUUUAUUUAUGUAGCACCAAAUCACAACAAUAGUCGCCUCAAGGCACUGUAUACUGUCAGGUAAAGACCCUACAAUGAUAGACAGAAAUUCCCAACAAUCAGGCUACCCCCUAAGAGCAAGCACUUAAUGACAGUGGGAAGAAAAAUCUCUUUGAGGAGGAAGAACCCUCUGGUAGAAGGAACAGCCAUCUGUAGCUGGUUGGGAGUAAAGGGAAAAAACAGAGCUGAGUGAGCGAUAACAAAAGACGCUGUGGAAGAAAGACAGGGUUUAAUAACAAGUAAUAAUUAAACAUGAUUUAAACACCUGUCGUUUUAAAGAAAAAGAUAAUGUGACAACCUUUCUGACUAAUUAGACAAUUUGUGAAGAGAGCAUGAACACUAGCUCACAGACUCCUUGUUUUUUUGGAUGUGACUGCUCUGAUCACUAUAAUUGUUAGUACGUGCUACACAUGAGGUCUGAAUUGAACAAAACAUUUUGUAUGCCGCAUUAUGAAAAAAAGUUGGCUGUUUAUGUGGCUCACUGUUGAGAAAUGUUAACAUAACAAGUUACUUCCAACAUGCAGAUCUUGAAAAGUCUGGAAUUAAAGAACUAAAGGUCAGACCAGGUAAGAUGAGUGACAGUACAGGAGAAUACUUUUUCAGGAGACAACUAUUUCAUCUUCUGCAAUACUUUAUCACAAACUAGACUCUGAAUGACGCAUAGAAAGCCCUGAAUCUGUUUAAAAAGGGUUAUUAAAGUGGAGUUUCCACAUUUGAACAAAGUGAAAAUGGUUAAAAGAAAUCUUGCACACUAAAAGCUCAAUCUCCUCAUAUACAGUCCUCUAAAAAAAUUAAAGGGAUGCUUUUGAAUCAGAGUAUAGCAUCAAGUCAACCAACUUCUGUGACAGUGAGCUGGUCAGAUUAAGUAGCAGAGAAGGUUGUAUCAAUUGUUUUGAUGUUACUUCAAUUAACAUUUCAUUAAAUCUAGGUGCACUAGAGGAGCGUCUGUGAGAAAAAACCCAAAACA